AUGGCCUCUGCUACUUCUGCGUUGCCAAUGAACCCCGUCCUGCGGCGCACAGCAACAUCGGCGGCCACCGUCUCGGACUACGAGUCGUCUGCCGGCGCUACCCCCGCCGACUCUCCUCGACCCUCGGCCUCGUCCACCUCGCUCUCGUCGCUCUCCUCCCUCGACGUGAGCGACGACAAGGACGAGUACGUCAACCUUGUCGACACGUAUGGAAACACCUUUACCCCCCCAGAUUUCACCAUCAAGGACAUUCGAGAUGCCAUUCCCAAGCACUGCUUCGAGCGCUCUGCCAUCAAGGGAUAUGCCUACAUUCUCCGCGACCUGGCUUGCCUCGCCACGACCUUUUACGUCUUCCACAACUACGUGACGCCCGACAGCAUCCCCUCGGCUGCUCUCCGAUUCGUCCUGUGGGGUCUUUACACCGUUCUCCAGGGUCUGUUCGGAACCGGUAUUUGGGUCAUUGCUCACGAGUGCGGCCACGGCGCCUUUUCGCCGUCCACCUUGGUCAAUGACUUGACGGGCUGGGUCCUCCACUCGGCCCUCCUCGUCCCCUACUUUAGCUGGAAGUUCUCCCACAGCGCACACCACAAGGCCACCGGCCAUAUGGAGCGCGACAUGGUUUUCGUCCCGCGUACCCGGGAGCAGCAUGCCGGUCGCAUCGGCCGAGCGGUCCACGAGCUCGGCGAGCUCUGCGAGGAGACUCCGGCCUACACGUUGCUGCACCUCGUCGGCCAGCAGCUCAUCGGAUGGCCCAAGUACCUGCUGACCAACGUCACCGGCCACAACUUCCACGAGCGCCAGCGCGAGGGUCGCGGCAAGGGCAAGAAGAACGGCGGCGGCGGCGGCGUCAACCACUUUGAUCCGCGAAGCCCCAUCUUUGACAACAAGCACGCCAAGUACAUUGUCUUGUCGGACAUUGGCCUGGCCUAUGCGUUUGCUGCUCUUGCCUACCUCGGCAACCGAUUCGGAUGGGCCAACAUGGCCGUCUGGUAUUUUCUCCCGUAUCUUUGGGUCAACCACUGGCUCGUCGCCAUCACCUUCCUCCAGCACACCGACCCCACCCUUCCCCAUUACACCGCCGAGGAGUGGAACUAUGUCCGUGGCGCCGCUGCGACGAUUGAUCGUGAGAUGGGCUUCAUUGGCCGACACCUGCUCCACGGCAUCAUCGAGACCCACGUCCUGCACCACUACGUCAGCUCCAUUCCCUUCUACAACGCCGACGAGGCUACCGAGGCCAUCAAGCCAAUAAUGGGCAAGCACUACCGAUCCGACACCAAGGACGGACCCAAGGGUUUCAUCCGCGCCCUGUGGAAGAGCGCCCGCUGGUGCCAGUGGGUUGAACCAAGCGCGGAUGCCCAGGGUGCCGGCAAGGGCAUCUUGUUCUUCCGCAACCAAAACGGGCUUGGCACCAAGCCCAUGACGAUGAAGAGCCAAUGA